AUGCCAGAACUCGCCGCUGAUAUAAACGGCUUCAUAAGCCAACACUAUGCGAGAAGAGGGCCACAACCAUCACAGCAUGCUUUCACUCCUACACCAGACUAUUAUGCUGCAAGCCUGGUGUUCUCGGAUGAAGUCACAAACGGCCUUCCUACUCCCACCCAAAGUGUCAGCAUGUCGAAUGCCAGCAGUGAUACUUGCAUGUCGUCUUGUUUCGACAUGCCAACCGCUCAAACAUCCUCAACUCAUAUUGAGUCUCCUCCUGCUUCCAUCCCGUACCAGCAUGUAUCGGUGCCUUCUUCACCCCUUGUAUGCGAGUUCGCACAGUACACGGGAUGCAAUGCAGUCUUUGACCCCAAUGAUGAAGCUGGAUGGAUUGAGCAUAAUGUGAACUUUCAUCUCGGUAGCGCCUUCCCUGCAGUAUGUGUGUGCUGGUUCUGUGAUCGAAAGUUCAAGGCUUCUUCGAAAAGCCGAGCCGGCCCUGAAGCCUGCUACCGCGAGCGAAUGCACCAUAUCGCCAAACAUUUCCGCAAGGGCGUAACAGGAAGACAGAUGCGUCCUGAUUUCUUCUUCCUCGACCAUGUAUAUAACUAUGGUCUCAUCGACGAGGAGACGUUCCAAAGAGAAACCAUGCAGCACGAGGCUCCUCAACUGUCGGGUCUGCAUCCCGCUGGCUGGAGGCCUGAGGGAAGACCAUUGCAAGAUCAAAUAGAAUCAAGUCGAUCGCGGCAUCGAGGUUCGUCAACUCGUCAUCGUUCGUCGCAGAUAUAUCACAGAUGA